AUGGCGAAAUCCACAACCAGCGCCGCCGCGCGUUUCCCAUCGAUUGAGAAAUGCGACGCCUCCGGCGUGCGCCGCCGCUCAAUCGCGGCGGAUCUGGACGGGACGCUCCUCAUCUCCCGCUCCUCCUUCCCUUACUUCAUGCUUGUUGCCAUCGAGGCCGGCAGCCUCCUCCGCGGCCUCGUCCUCCUCCUCGCCUUCCCCCUGAUCGCCGUCGCCUACGUCUUCGUAUCCGAGGCGCUCGCCAUCCAGAUGCUGAUCUACAUCUCCUUCUCGGGACUCAAGGUGCGGGACAUCGAGCUCGCGGCCCGCGCCGUGCUGCCGCGGUUCUACGCGAGCGACGUCAGGGCUGAGAGCUAUGCCGUGUUCGAGGCGUGUGAGCGGAAGGUGAUAAUCACGGCGAACCCGACGAUAAUGGUGGAGCCCUUUGUGAAGGAGUUCCUGGGCGGGGACAAGGUGAUUGGGACUGAAAUCGAGGUGGAUCCAAAGACUAGAAAGGCGACGGGGUUCGUGAAGAAGCCGGGGGUUCUGGUUGGGAAGUGGAAGAAGUUGGGGGUGCUGGAGGAAUUUGGGGAGGAGACUCCGGAUAUUGGGAUUGGGGAUCGGGAGUCAGAUCACGAUUUCAUGUCCAUCUGCAAGGAGGGGUACAUGGUGCACCCGAGCAAAACCGCGAAGCCGCUCCCACUCGAACGCCUCAAGAGCCGACUGAUCUUCCACGACGGGCGUCUCGUCCAGCCCCCGACCCCGUUAAACGCCCUCGUCACGUACGCAUGGCUCCCGUUGGGCUUUGCCCUCUCCCUCGUCCGCGUCUACUUCAACCUCCCCCUCCCUGAGCGCGUCGUCCGCUACACCGUCAGCAGGCUCUCGAGGCUCCUGUCCCCGAUCCCCGCCGUGGCCCUCACCCGCGACCGCGAGGCCGACGCCGCCAUGAUCAGGGCACUCCUGCAGAAGGGCGAUUUGGUCGUCUGCCCCGAGGGGACCACGUGCCGCGAGCCCUACCUCCUGAGGUUCAGCGCGCUGUUCGCGGAGCUCAGCGACAGGAUUGUGCCUGUAGCUGUUAACAUCGAGCAGGGGAUGUUCCACGGGACGACCGUGCGAGGGGUGAAGUUCUGGGACGCGUAUUUCUACUUCAUGAACCCGAGGCCGACGUACGAGGUGACUUUCUUGGAGAGGCUGCCGGAGGAGAUGACGUGCGGGGCAGGGAAGACGGCGAUCGAGGUGGCGAACCACGUGCAGAAGGUGCUGGCGGGGGCGCUAGGGUUCGAGUGCACCCAGCUGACGAGGAAGGAUAAGUACAUGCUGCUUGGGGGGAAUGACGGGAAGGUGGAGUCCAUGUAUGGCAAAAAGUAG